UAAUCCUUCUACGUUUCUCUCCGUUAUCGUCGUAUGCUCUGCAGCAAAUGCCGAUCCGCUUCGAUCAUCACUGUCCAUUUCAAACUUCACUUUCCUUCUCGCCCUUGGACCAGCCAGAACGUUCGAAAACUCCAUUCUUCUCCGGGAACCCACUCAGCAAGUUCACUCAGGAAGUUCGCGCCAUGUGCCGAGUCAGCCCGCCGCAGCGACCCCCACUCGACUCAUUGUUUUUGCUUACAUGCACUAAAAGUCUCAGCGAAAAUGGGGUCUCCUGGUGUGGUGAAAAAAGUGCACUCGCACAUGAUAAAGUUAGGGAUUUACCGCUCACUAUCUCUGCAAAACCAGGUAUUGAAUGCUUAUGUGAAAAGCAAGGAGUUUCAUGACGCGGAAAAGUUGUUCGACGAAAUGAUUGUAAGAAAUAUGGUGAGUUGGAACACAGUGAUUUGCGGGGCUGUAGAUUGCGGCAGAAAUCAAAAGUGUAGUCUCUUCUUGAGUUUUUCUUAUUUUAGGAGGAUGUUGUGUAAUGAGGUGGGCUUGGAUCAUAUUACGCUUAAUGGUUUGCUCCGUGCCUGUAUUGAGGUAAAUGAUAUUGAGCCUGGUAAACAGUUGCAUUGUCUCGUAGGGAAAAUGGGUUUUGAUUUGGAUCGCUUUGUCAUUGCUGCUCUUGUUGAUUUUUAUGGAAAAUGUGGGUUCAUUGAAGAAUCAAGGCGUGUUUUUGAUGGAGCUUUGUGCAGGGACGUGGUGCUUUGGAAUGUGAUGGUUUCUUGCUAUGCUCAGAAUUGCUUUGCUGAAGAAGCCUUUUGUGUCUUUAAUUUGAUGCGGCUGGAUGGCUUGCAGGGUGAUGGUUUUACUUUUUCUAGUCUUCUUAGUCUAUGUAGGAGUUUUGGAUCACGUGAAUUGGGGAUGCAGAUCCAUGUUCUUGUUGUUAAAUUGUGUUUUGAAAAUGAUAUCCCAGUAGCAAGUGCCGUUGUAGACAUGUAUGCUAAGAAUAGAAUGAUAUAUGAAGCUCGCAAAUGUUUUGAUGAAAUGGCUUACAGAAAUGUUGUAUCAUGGAACACCAUGAUUGUGGGUUAUGGGCUAAAAGGAGAUGGAAAGGCAGCUAUGAGACUUCUGGGUAAAAUGUUUAUAGAAAAUUUUUGCCCAGAUGAGCUAACCCUUGCCAGCGCUCUUAGUUCAUGUGGCCAUACAUCUGCAAUCUUUGAAACUAUACAAGUUCAUGCUUAUGUGGUUAAAAAAGGGUUUCAAGCAUUUCCAUCGAUUAUAAAUGCUUUAAUAAAUGCAUACUCCAAGUGUGGUAACAUCACUAAUGCAUUCAAGUGUUUUAGUUUGGUGGUCGAACCUGAUCUUGUUACAUGGACAUCGAUUAUAAAUUCUCUUGCAUUUCAUGGUCUUCCAGAAAAAAGUAUCAGUACUUUCGAAGAGAUGGUAUCUAAUAAUUUGAGGCCAGAUGGAAUUGUCUUUCUUGGGAUUCUUUCUGGUUGCAGCCAUGGAGGUUUGAUCAGUGAAGGGUUACAUUACUUUAAGCUAAUGACUGAUGAGUAUCGGAUCACACCAGCUUCAGAACACUACACCUGUAUAAUUGAUCUUCUUGGUCGAGCUGGUCUCUUGGAGGAAGCUUUGAAUGUCCUGACAUCGAUGCCUUUUGAACCAAGAUCAGACACCUUGGGAGCAUUUAUUGGGGCAUGUAAAGUCCAUGGAAAUGUACAACUUGCAAAAUGGGCUGCAGAAAAGCUUUUUGUAGUAGAGCCCAAUAAGCGUGUAAAUUAUUCACUGCUAUCUGACAUUCAUGCUUCCUAUAGGAAUUGGUCUGAAGUUUCUAGGCUACUCAAAAGGAUGAGGAGUAGCUGUUACCAUAAAGUUCCAGGUCAGAGCUGGUUGGAGAUUCUUGGUAAUAAUUGAAUGUAUAUAUCAAAUUAUAAUUCCCUUCUUUGAGGAUAUAUGCCUUAUUAUACAUGCUGCUCGGGUCAAAUACAAGAGAGGCAAAAGGUUCCAAUGUUUAUAACAUUUUUAUAAAUGGUCUCAUGUCUCUGCAAUCACAGCUUUGUCUGAUCUGGAACAUUUGUUCUAAA